AUAUAUUGAAAUCUAAUAGUGAAACGUCAAACACUAUUAUUGUUAUUUCAUUAUAAACGUCAAAUUCUAAGAGUAAUAGGGAGAUGACAUGUCAAAUAAUAAAAAAUAAUUUAAUAAUUUCAGUAACGCUUGUAAAUAAAUAAAUCAGUAUUAUUAUUAUAAUUACUUUCGACGCAAUUUUAGUUUAAUACAAUAUAUAUAUAUGUAUUUUGUUAAAAUAACCUUAAAAAAAUUCAAGUUAUGACACUGUAAACAUUUGGUGCUGUUGUGACAAAGUGACAAAAAAUAUGUCAAGAUUAUUUACAUAUAAUCUCAAUCAAUUGAUUUUUAAAUUUAAAUUUUAAAUAUCUUAUCAAGUAUCAUCGCUGCAUAAUAUAAACUCUGACCUUUGGAGUGUCAUUUAAAAUUAAUCGCAGAAAAUUUAUUCAUUAGUCAUGGAUGUUCAAAGUGAUAAUCUAGUCUAAUUUUUUAAUUGUGUUUGCUUUAUAUUAUGUUAUUUAUUGUAUUUAAAUUAAUUUAAUUGAGAUAUUUUUUAAAUAAAUUAAUUCUAAUGUCAUCUGACGACGAAUUAACGUUGCCAUCAGAGGCUGAUGAUGCGAAUCAGGAAAGUGAUCCACCUCUUUGGAGAGUAUUGCAUGAGCUAGCAUGCUUAAAUCGUAAUUUUUUUUCAAAACAUUUGGACGAAAAUGGCUUAAGGAUACACGCUGCACACAUUGUUAUACUUGACAAUUACAAUGAAUUUCGUGAAUUGUACAAAGAAAUAUCAGAUAUUGCACCACAGUUUGAUUUUGAUGAAAUUACACCAGGUAAUGGAUAUCGAAGUUUUCUUAAACUUGUUGACCAAUGUUUACUGCACACUGGUGGAGUAUGCAGGCAUAUUUUUUCCUACAAAGACUCAGUACUUUUUAGAAAAUCCAAUUAUAUGAGAGAAAUAGAAGCAUGUUCACAAUUAAUUGUAGCUCUUAAAACGUUUUUACAUCAUUUAAAGACGCUUUACAGUUGGAGUGAAUUAGCAAGUGAUGGUAAAUUGUCAUUAUUUCCUUCAGAUGAACAUAGCCCUCAAGAACUAUUAAAUCAGGCUGGAAAUAUCGAUCAAUAUUGCUUCUAUGGAAGAUGUCUAGCUUUCCAAUUUGCAGACAGUAUUAAAUACGUACUCAAAACAUUGCUGUCAUCCAUGGCAACUUUCAGUGAAAUUUAUUACUCUAAUGGAUCCUUACUCAAUAGAUGUACUCAAUCGGUUAAAUACUUUAUUGAUCCAGAGGCACGUGCUCGUCGAGUUGUUAAUAUUUCUCAACGUGCUGAAGUGGAUUUUUGUAAAUCAUUUUGGAUGCUCAAUGAAGCUGACAUAGUUCAAUUUGUGCCAUUAAUGUUAAUGCCUUCGUUGCCAAUAAAUCAAGUGAUAUCAAUCCCUCCAGAAGAAUUAAUAUUGCCAUCAAUUGAUGGUACUGAUGUAAAAAUACCUAUUCCGAAUAGCCAUAUAGGAAAAAAACCGAUCCACGUGAGAUUAUUGAGUGCAAAGCGCAGAAUAGGAAUGGUUGGAUCUGCUCGUGCAAGUGGAGAAUUGUUCGGAUCGUCAGAUGUACUCUUAUUCCACUGUCAUGGUGGUGGUUUCGUAGCACAAACUUCAAAGUCACACGAGCCGUAUUUGCGUAGUUGGGCAGUAGAACUUGAUGCACCAGUAUUGAGUGUUGAUUACAGUUUAGCACCUGAAGCACCCUAUCCACGAGCUAUCGAGGAAGUUGUUUAUUCCUAUGCUUGGGCAUUAAAGCAUGCUAACUCAUUAUUAGGAAGUACUGCUAAAAAAAUAAUCGUAAUUGGUGAUUCAGCAGGUGCUAAUUUAAAUUUAGCGUUAACUACUAAAUGUAUAGAGAUGAAUAUUCGUAAACCAGAUGGCAUUUUUAUGGCUUACGUACCAGUGCUAGUGGAAUUUGUACCGUCACCUUCAAGAAUGCUUGGAUUGACUGAUCCACUGUUACCAUUUGGAUUUAUGAUGCGUUGUUUAAAGGCUUAUACACUUGGUGAUACUCGAACUUGUGUAAAAGAUAAAGAAGCUGAUCUUGAAUCAACUCCUUCUGACACAGAUUCAUUCGCUGAAGUCAGUGAGAGUGAUCUUAUUGCUUUAGCAUUAAGUCCAAAUGGAGAUGAAGCGGGAAGCAAAAAUAAACUAGAAUCAUUACCGUCUGAUUCAACAUUAAAUUCAGUUAGUUUAGUUGACGUUGACGCUACUCAGGUGCCUCAAGCUAAUUCAACAACUGAAUCAUCACAGGAUUACAUUCAAAGAUUUUUCGACUUUUAUAAAAAUGCCGCAGCACGGCUUUCUUCAUCAUCGGCGAAUAGUGUUGCUAAUAAUUAUGAUAAUUAUUCUGACAGUAAUACGUCAGUUGGUUUCUUUGGCUUAUCAUUUGGUAAAAGUAAUCAGAAAUUACGUGAACUAGACGACGAAGACUCUAAAAGUCCAAGUGAAGAAUUUGUUUUUACUGUUCCACGUGAUCCUUUACUAAGUCCUUAUCGGUCAUCUGAUGAUUUAUUACGUAAAUUACCACCAACUAAAAUAUUGACGUCAGAAUUGGACCCUUGUCUGGAUGACUGUGUUAUGUUUGGACGUAAAUUAAAACAACUUGAUAUUGACGUUUCUUUAGACAUUGUAAAAGGGUUGCCUCAUGGAUUUUUAAGUUUAUCCGUGCUUAAACUGAUAAACAAACUCAUAAGGAAUAAAUUAUUUAAGAACCUACAGUGAAUAUUGUCCUAAAUGUAAGCAACGACAAUUGAAUAAAAUAAUUGAAAAACACUGUGAAAUAUUUAAGCGGUUUUUUAAUAUUUGAGAGCUAAGAAAAAAAAAUGAAAACUUCAGCUUUUAUUCUUCGUCUCUUCAGAGUCCGUAGAGGAUAACAGACGCACUGAAAUUUUACUGGAUUUCCUUUAUCAACGCUCAUAGAUAGUUAAAGCUGAGUAAAUGUCAUAUAAUAUUAACUACUUAUUCUCUUCGGCUACGCAUACAUCUACGUAGAAUGUACUUAAAAAAAUUUUAUUCUAUCAAUUAUUCUUUAACAAUCGUAAGUAUAUUAUUUAACAAAAAAGAAAAACAUUAAUUUAUAGUUCAUUAGAUCUUUCAUAUAAUUUAUGAAAAUUUGAAAAUCAUCGUUUUUAACAAUUUAUUUAUGCCAAAAAUAAAGUGUUCUUACCAACAAUGAUAAUUACACGACAAUUAUUAAUUAAAAUUUUUACAGAUAAAAUUAUGUGACAAAUGUUAGGCAAAUAAAUUUGUAAUAUAUAUUUGAAGAAUAAUAUUAUAAAGUAAUUGUAAAAUGAAUGAAUUAAAAAAAAAAUUGAAUAAACUUACAGAAAUAUUGAAUCGAAAUUCCCGUCUUUGUGUACAUAAUUUAAUACAUGUUGUACCAUAACUGUGCCAAUACCAAGCCUUCUGUAGGGUGACAGACAUCCUAACGUCAUUAUGUACAACCUUCGUGAAUUUUCCGAUGUGUCAACUCUACAGCAAACUGCUCCGACC